CUCGGGUUAUGAAUAAAGUGGAGAGCAAAUGACUUUUUUUUAGCCCGAAGGGAAUCGUGACUUUUGGUCACGCUCAUAGAGUCAUGCGUACAAAACGUGACUUUGUCGAAAUGACAUUUCUAUGACCCUUACUCACUACCAAAUAUAUUCACAUCACUUUAAGUUGGGACAUAGUAUAGAUAAGACAAGUUAAGAUAAAGAUACCAAUGAGAUCCUUAAUUACAUUUUUACUUGCAUUAGGCUCUGUAGCUGCUAUAGACUGUUCAGUUGAUGAGUUAUCACAGUUCAAUUUUGAAUCUAUUAAGGGUAUCCAUUCAGUCACUACUCAUAAGAGUACACCACCCACUCUGACUAGUGUCACUUGGAGUUUUGGAAUUUGUCAAUCGAUUAAUGAAGAUGUUGAAAAUUGUCCUAAGAAUUCUGACAUUUGUGGAGUUACUUCAGUAAUAUUUGAAAAUGAUCCUAAAAAUCCAAAGAUAUAUGAAGUUGUAGGAUUCAACUCUAAUUUACAAAAGACUUAUGUACCAACUACCAGUGGUGAUGAUAUAGGUGUAACUAUAAAAUAUACUGGAGCCAAUUGGGGAGAUGAUUUAAUCGAUGCAGAAUUGAAAUUCUCAUGUCCUAAGGGUAAUGAAUCAAAGGAUUUAUUAGAUACCUUUGUUAUAACCGGAUGGAAUAAUAAACUUUUACAAGCCACAAUGGUAACUAAGGCAGCAUGUAUUACUAGUGAUGCAGAUAAAAAGAAACCUUCACCAGGAGGAGGAGAACAAAGACCUGAUAAUGGAGAAUCAUGGGGUUGGUUUACAUGGAUUUUUAUUUUCUUAGUCUUAUUCUUAAGUAUUUAUAUUAUUGGAGGAGCAUGGUUUCAGUAUAAUAAGGGGAAUGCCAUUGAUUUUUCAACGGCUUUAAGAGAAGUAUUGGAUAAUUUCCUUGAUUUACUAAAGGGAUUACCUAGUUUUAGUCGAGAAAUCAUUGAAAAAUUUACGGGCAAUCAUAAUAGAGGCGAAUAUAGUGCAGUUUAGAAGAGAAGAGAAGAAUCCAAAAGUUUUCUACACUGUAAUUAUUAUUUAUAUAAAUAUAUAUAUGUAUAACCAUCUAUGUUAUCUUUCUUAUGUAAAUUAGAACCUCUUAAUAGUAUUAAUAGUAUUAAUAUAGGUAUCAUUAAUUGUAA